CAAGAGCCUAAGAGCAGAGAGGUUGAUAGUGAGCCCUGAAGGAAAAACUAUCGUGUGGCUGAGCUGCAGAUCCUUCUCCUAAGUGGAAUUUGGGAUAUCUAUCUUUGUGAAGUCUCCACGCUGUGGAGAAAGCACUUCAUGGGCUGCUCCCAUGCUGCACAGCCUUUAUGUCAGGCACCUGCAGCCAACUUGUGGCUUGAAUGGAUCUCAUUCCAAAUCCCAGUCACCAAAAGUCGGCACGCUUUCAUCUGCUGACAAAGAGAGCCUUCCAGCAGAUCCCCAUCUUGAGAAAAGCCCUGACUGACUGAAUGGCCACCCAUUAACAACUUUGCUCAGCUAAUGAAAGCUUUAUGAGAUUCUCCCUCUAAGGGAAAUUUUGCAGGCCUUAGGAAGUCUCAUCUUCACAACCUUGCUCCAGGUUCUCCCCCUCUAUUUCAUUUGUAGAAAUACCAUCCCUGCCUAAUAACAGUUCUGUACCAUGUGUACGAUUUCUGCUCUUACUGAGUCUAAUGCUGUGGCUCAAGCAGGAGGGAGGCUUAGUUAAGUUACACACUUGAGAGCCAAACGAGGCUGCCCCGUGGUCAGUGCUCAGCAGGCUUCUACCAGGCAUCUCCUUGCUGUGCCCUCCGAUGGACAGAGCUAGGCAGCAGAUCCUGCAGGGCCCCUGGGCCAACUCCUCAAGCUGUGCUCAUCGAAUAGUCCCUCUCACAUACUCCCAAAUGCACAGCUCUGUAGCCUGUGUGUUACAGCACAGAGAUGCUGUUUGUGGGGUUCUCUGAGCCUGGGGACAGCCUGGCCAGGUCUCCAAUGCCUUUGCAGGCUGUUGCCAGCCCCCACCGUGUCCCCCAGCAGAGGGGGAAGCUCCCAGGUCAUUCCCGCUCCCCCUGCUGCCUUUGUCCCCACAGCCCCAGCUUCCUCCUUCCUCGUGGGGUGCCCGUGUCCCCUGACAACCCACAGGUCACAGCCUGUGCCUCAGCCCCACGCCCCUUGACAACCCUCUUUGUUACAUCACCUCGACUCAUCCAACCUCCUAGUGUUGCUUGGCCACCCAAAAGGACAGAGCGUCUGGACUCUGGAACAGACAUGGCGUCGUUGGCGUGCCUACUCGGCUUGCUGACCUUGCUCAGUUGUGUUACCGCAUCUUUGGCCCAUGCUCCGGGCAGCCCGCUUUCAGACAAGGAAUACCAGGCCUUCUUUCUCACCCUGUGGCCCCCCUGGAGGGCAGAGGUGUUGUGCACCAUCCGCCAGACGUAUGGCUGCCUUAGCCCAGGAAUCCUGAAGAUGGACCGGCUGGAGAACCACGGGGUUGUCCCCAAAGGGUCGAUCUGCUCCGACUUCCCAGAGAGGAUGCGGUUUGAGAGCUUCUGCCAGUUCGCCCACUACCGCUGCUUCCAAGGCCAGUUCUACGUCAAGCGAAUCCGGUGUCCAAAUACAUCCACUCAUAAAAACCUCUUUCUAGCGGGGCAACACGAGGCCGUGGGCUCUGGAGUAAAGGAUCAGAGCUCCCCUGCGAGAGAAGCCCCAGGGCAGGCUUCUGUCUCACCUCCUGGUGCCCUGCUGGAGUCGACGGGGCUGCUUCCGCUACCACCAACCGUGCCAUCGCCGGCUGCCCCUGCCCCCUUGCCUAACAAGCUGGAAUCCCCUGCCCAGGAAGAGGCAUCGUGGAAGCAACGCCUGUGGAGCAGCAUCUCGAAGCUCAUCUCCUGGGCCCUCUCCACAGAGAACCCAUUGGGCUCCUCUCCACAGCGCAGCCCGGAGGCAGGGGCAGGGAGCACACCCAGCACUGCUCAGGAGGCAGCACAGGCAGCUGCUCCUCAUGGCAGGUGAGAACCUUUAGCUUCUCAUGUUGCCUUGGAUGAAGAACUAAUUAAUUGUUACCAGGUUUUUGCCUCUCUGUCUAAUCCAAUGGCUCAAGCAGGAGGGAAGCUUAGUGAAUUCCAUAACUGAGAGCCAAACGGGGCUGCCCCGUGCUCAGUGCUCAGCAGACU